CCUUCUGCUGGUGAGAAGUAAAAGCAUGUUAGAAGAAACCCUCUGAAGGAGCCUGUGCUGUGAGUGGGGGUGGGGUGCUGGGGGCCGCAGAGGUCAAAGGUUGACUCUAAGGAACAGGAGCCUCUCAGUUUCAGUAUCCAGGCAGGGGAGUUGUAAUUAGAAGGGACAUGAACCCUCCUUGGCGAGGAGGGUGGAAUCAAAAUUUAGGUUUCCCCCAGGGCUUGGCAAAAUGUGUGUGAUAUCUUCCAGGUAAUCCCCCAAAGGGGGGGGACCAGCGGGCUGAGGAGGCAGGAAGUGGGUAACUACACUAACAAAGUGCCUGUGGCGGUUUACCCAUCCCAGGUGGGAGGGUGGGAACCAGCCUUGGGCCUGGGCCUCCCGUGAACUUAACUGGUUGCUUGAGGGCUCAGAGUGAAAGAGUCAGGAGCUGAAAUUCCACAUUUCAGCUCUUCUGUACAUGGCCAUGGGAGCCCCAGAGCAGACGAUCUAAGGCGUUCUGUAAACUCCAGGGCAGUGCUCUAGGAUGUCUGAUGUUGGGAGAACCGACUUAGGGGAGCUCCUUCAAGCCUCUCUCCAUUCCUUCAGGGAUCAUGGGCUGUGGCUGCAGCUCAAACCCUGAAGAUGACUGGAUGGAGAACAUUGAUGUGUGUGAAAACUGCCAUUAUCCCAUAGUACCACUGGAUAGCAAGACUACGCUGCCCAUCCGGAAUGGCUCUGAAGUUCGGGACCCACUGGUCACCUAUGAGGGCUCCAUCCCACCAGCCUCUCCACUACAAGACAACCUGGUUAUCGCCCUGCACAGCUAUGAGCCCUCCCAUGAUGGAGACCUGGGCUUUGAGAAGGGUGAACAGCUCCGAAUCCUGGAGCAGAGCGGUGAGUGGUGGAAGGCUCAGUCUCUGACCACCGGCCAAGAAGGCUUCAUCCCUUUCAACUUCGUGGCGAAAGCAAACAGCCUGGAGCCUGAACCCUGGUUCUUCAAGAAUCUGAGCCGUAAGGACGCGGAGCGGCAGCUUUUGGCGCCCGGGAACACGCACGGAUCCUUCCUGAUCCGGGAAAGUGAAAGCACGGCGGGAUCUUUUUCCCUGUCGGUCAGAGACUUCGACCAGAACCAGGGAGAAGUGGUGAAACAUUACAAGAUCCGUAACCUAGACAACGGUGGCUUCUACAUCUCCCCUCGUAUCACUUUUCCCGGACUACACGAACUGGUCCGCCAUUACACCAACGCUUCUGAUGGGCUGUGCACAAAGUUGAGCCGACCUUGCCAGACCCAGAAGCCCCAGAAGCCAUGGUGGGAGGACGAAUGGGAGGUUCCCAGGGAGACACUGAAGUUGGUUGAGCGGCUGGGAGCUGGCCAGUUCGGAGAAGUGUGGAUGGGAUACUACAACGGGCACACCAAGGUGGCCGUGAAGAGCCUGAAGCAGGGGAGCAUGUCGCCCGAUGCCUUCCUGGCUGAAGCUAACCUCAUGAAGCAGCUGCAGCACCAGCGGCUGGUCCGGCUUUAUGCAGUGGUCACCCAGGAGCCCAUCUACAUCAUCACUGAAUACAUGGAGAACGGAAGCCUUGUAGAUUUUCUCAAGACUCCCUCGGGCAUCAAGUUGAACAUCAACAAACUUUUGGACAUGGCAGCCCAGAUUGCGGAGGGCAUGGCAUUCAUUGAAGAGCAGAAUUACAUCCAUCGUGACCUGCGUGCUGCCAACAUCCUGGUGUCCGACACACUGAGCUGCAAGAUUGCAGACUUUGGCCUGGCUCGCCUCAUCGAGGACAAUGAAUACACAGCCAGGGAGGGGGCCAAAUUUCCCAUUAAAUGGACAGCACCGGAAGCCAUUAACUAUGGGACCUUCACCAUCAAGUCAGAUGUGUGGUCUUUCGGGAUCCUGCUGACAGAGAUUGUCACCCAUGGCCGAAUCCCUUACCCAGGGAUGACCAACCCUGAAGUGAUUCAGAAUCUGGAGCGAGGCUACCGAAUGGUAAGACCUGACAACUGUCCAGAAGAGCUGUACCAUCUCAUGAUGCUGUGCUGGAAGGAGCGUCCAGAGGACCGACCCACGUUUGACUACCUUCGAAGUGUUCUGGAUGACUUCUUCACAGCCACGGAGGGCCAGUACCAGCCCCAGCCUUGACAGGGCCUUGCUGUCCCAAGACCAUCCAUCCCUACCCCUUUGCCGUGGCUGGGGCAGAUGGAGUUCUUGUGCCAUAUCCAUGUGUCCUGUGAACACAUGGACUCUGACUCUGCACAUGAAAGGCUGUGCAUGUGCAACACAUAUGCAGUUUUGUCUUAUACACACAUCUAUAGUUGUGUGGGUUCUACACAUGUCUUAUACACAUGGAACAUGUGAGUCUAAGUCUUAGAUAUCAUCUAAGGUGUCUCUUUCUGGACCCUUCCAUUUCCUGAAACCACAGAGGGGGAAGGCCUAUGAUUGAUUGAUAACUCUGUCUACCACUUCUUUUCUGAGGGCAUCUAGAAGUUCCUUGUGGGCUGCAAUCCAAUCUACUAUCUCUGUGUGUUCUGCCUUGGUGCUUAACACACACCAGGAGCUCAAUAAAUGUCUGUUGAUUAAGGUUGUA